AUGGAAAGACCCCCUCCACAAAAUCCUCUAACCCCUGCACUGAUAUUCCAGUCCCCUAAUCCUCCGCCACCCAGCCCGCCGCCGCCAAGCGUGUCAUCCGUAUUCAACUUCACAUUCGGCAACUCGUCGUACAGCGUGUACAACGGUUCGCGGACCUUUGGACAGGCAGAAAUGUUCUGCAACACCAACGGCGGCAGCCUCCUAUCGGUGCUAUCGGCAGAGGAAAACGCAGCUGUCGGUCAGUCCUUGAAGAAUAUAAACGUGUACGGCAUCAUCGGCAACGGCGGCGGCGGCACCGUUACCUUGUGGAUGGGCCUGCGGAUUAACCAGACGAGCAAGCGUUACUGGACAGAUGGCAACGAUUUGACUUACCUGCCGCCUCUGUUCAACGGCGGCAUCGAUGUGUUCGCCGACGGUGGCUGCUACAGCCUCCGCUGCGCCCCGGGGUCGGAUUGCAUUUGGAGUUUGGCUGUUCCGCCAACGCUGGGUUGUGUGAACGUGACGAGAGACGGGUUCAUCUGCAAAAUAGACAACAACCGUUACAAGGGCGUGUAUUACCUCACUCGAGCUGGUCAGCCGCUGGGUACCGUAUACGCGCUGGUGCGGCCCCCAUCGCCUGUGUCGUGGCGGCAAGCCGAUGACAAUUGCAAGACAAUGAACGGGCGCCUCGUGAGCAUCAACACCGCGGAUGAGUACUGGCUCCUCAUCAACAGCACCUCCAACUUGGUGCUGAGGAACCAGUUCCCACCAUCAGACCUGGACAACUUCGGCAACGUACGCGCCUGGAUCGGCCUCCAGUUUAUCACCAGUCUGGAGAAUUCCUUCUGGGUGGACGGCACACGUGCAGAUCGAGGUUACAACCCGCAGGGUAUCGUACUCACCCACUACUAUGCGUGCUACGCCAUUUAUUGCCGUAUCGGCUUCUGCGACUGGCAGUCCACUUGGUGUGGGGACCUGCUGCCCGCGUACAUUUGCGAGUUGCGGAAUGAAUGGUCGCGACGAUGA